CCUUGUUGGAAGGAGAUGCUGGAGUCAUAGGAUUGUCGAUAACCGCAGGUUGUGUGUGGUGUCGGGCCUCGGCAACCGCGGCAAGAGCUGUUGCUGCAGCUUGCACGAAUAGCAGCAACUAACAGUGAACAACCUUCCGUACUCAUCAAACGCUAGAUCAUCAUGAGCACCUCCAGUAAUCCUAUCGGGACGCUCGGCGCCAGCGGCAUCUCGACUGCGCGCUUGGGUUACGGAUGUAUGAGCCUCAGCGGAAAUCUGUAUGCUGGAGCCCCUCCAGAAGAAGACGCCAUUGCCCUGCUGCGCCGGGCGUACGACCUGGGCGUGCGUUUGUUUAAUACGUCCGAUCUGUACGGUCCGUACACGAACGAGGAGCUGCUUGCCAAGGCACUGCCCCUGGACCUCUACCCGGACGCCAUCAUCGCCACCAAGUGGGGCGCCAUGUUCGUCCCAGGCCGCGGGAUCACGCAGGACAACAGCCGUGGUAACUGCCGCAGGUGUUGCGAGGGCGCCCUGAAGCGGCUGCAGCGGCCCUCCCUGGACAUCUUCACCUACCGGGGACCUCCUGACCCCUCCAAGGGGGUGAGCAUCGCGGAGACCAUGGAGGAGUGCAAGCUACUCCUAGCGGAGGGCAAGAUCCGCGGUGUGGGGCUGUCCGAGGUGUCCGCGGAGCAGAUUCGUGAGGCGGCUGCGGUGGUGCCUAUCUCGGUGGUGGAGCAGGAGUGGUCGCUGUUCACACGGGAUGCCGAGGAGGAGAUCAUCCCCACCUGUCGCGAGCUGGGCAUCAGUAUUCUGGCUUAUAGCCCUCUGGGACGAGGUAUCCUGACGGGCGCUCUUCGAAGCGUGGAGCAGUUGCAGGAGUCCGAUUUCAGGCGCAAAGCCAACCCGCGGUUCGACAAUUUGGACAAGAACCUAGUGCUGGUUGACCGGCUAUCGGAGCUGGCUCAACGCAAGGGGGGUUGCACUCCGGGACAGUUGGCGCUGGCGUGGGUGCUGGCUCGCGGUCCGGACGUAUUUCCCAUUCCGGGAACCCGCAGCAUUAAGAACCUAGAGGAGAACCUGGGUAGCUGCGCCCUGGCAGCUGCCCUCAGCCAGGAGGAGCUCCAGGAACUGGAGAUCGCAGUCCCGGCGGAGCAGGUCGUGGGAGACCGGUACCCGCACAUGUCCAUUACUUUUCACGGAGCAAAGAAGGCGGCGCACUCGGCAACAUAACGCUAGGGGUAUUGCUUAAUAUGACAGAAGGGGUGUGAGACGCCGGCAGCUGGCGUUUGCAACCAUAUGGAGCAAUGGUGGGGGGAAAUGUGGAAAGGCGAAACGUUAACGUGCCGGGGACUUGGGUCCCGUCAGGUUUGUGCCUUGUAAGACAGCUCCUUCAUG